AUGAUCGGCAAAAAAGAAACUGAUAAAUUUGCUAUCAAUGAGAAAGGAACCAUAUCAUCAAAUUCGAUGAAAUGUAAUUCAAAAUGGUGGAAUCAAGGUUAUCAUCAUCAACAAGUCAUUUGCCGCAUUAUUGAAUCAUUUUAUUUUCGUUUCCUCGUUGUUUUCUUAAUUAUUUUUGAUAUAUCAUUACUAAUUGCUGAAAUAAUGGUAGAAUCAUUUAAAAUUCAAAGCACAUGUGAAAGUUAUAUGCAUCAUUUAUCAAAAUAUUAUUAUGAAAUGAUCAAAGAACGUAUUGAAUUGUUUAUGGAAAUGUCACAUUAUACAUCCAUAGCAAUUUUGAGUUUUUUUAUUGUUGAACUCUUGUUUAGAAUAUAUGCAUCUGGAAAAGAAUUUUGGAAUAUUCGAAGAAAAAAAAUGGAGUAUUUCGAUGCACUCACUGUUAUCGUAUCAUUAAUUAUUGAUUUGUAUUUUUUAAGUAGCGAAAAGAAAAUUCUUAGUAAAAAAGUAUUUAAAUUUUCAUUUCGUUUGUGGCGUUUUGUUAGAAUUAUUAGUAGUGUAGCUGAAUGUGUUCGUGCUCGACAAAGAAAACAUAAACAACGCUUAAAUAAACAAUAUCAUAUUGCUGUUCGUCGACUCGUCGAUCUUCUUUUACAUAAAACAAAUUAUGUUGAAAAUAAUAGUGAACAUUUAAAUUCUAUACUUGAACAUUUUCAUAUAAUUGAUGCACAAUGUCAAUCAUCACUCGAGACACUUGAGCAAAAUCGUGAACUAACUUCAUCAAAAAUGGUAGCACAAUUUACUAGAGAAUUAAACGAAGUUGAAAGUAAAAAUGAUAAUAUUAUUAGCUCAACAACGUUUACCAAGUCAUCGAAAGUUUAA